CUUUUAGGCAGUCAGAACGUGUCAUCUCAUCACUUUGAAUUAAUCUGACAGCAGGAGUGGACAUAAGAAACGGGAUUUGGUAUAUGAUUUCGGGAACCAAGAAGCCACCCACGGCAAUGGCAUGGGUUUCAUCACCCAUCCUCGUGGCGAUUAUUUUUUUCACCCUCUCGCAGGUUGCCUUGACGGAGGCCAGAGUGCUUCAUAGGCAGAAACGUGAGUGGAUCAUCCCUCCAAGGAUACUGACGGAGAAUGUGGACUACACAAAACUAGACUAUAUCUCCAAGAUCCGCUCAGACCAGGACGAGCAGAACAACAGGAGGAUCGUGUACACCCUGAGGGGGCCCGGUGCCGACCAGGACCCGGUCAAUGUGUUUGUGGUGGACAAGACCACCGGGAAGGUCCGGGUCACGCGCAUCCUAGACCGGGAGGACAUCGCCUUUUACAAUCUGACAGGAAGAGCUUUCUACAUGGAUGGCUCCGAGGCAGAGACGAAGCUCGCCCUUCGCAUCAAGGUGGAAGACCAGAACGACAACUCACCUGUGUUUAGCGUCAUGGCCCCCGUGGCCGUGGAGGAGAUGAGCCCAAGAGACACAUCCGUUGCGCAGAUUACUGCCAGCGAUGCAGAUGAGCCAGGUAACAAAAACUCAAAGAUCCGCUACGAGAUCCUGAACCAGGAGCCUGCAGGGAAGCGGAUGUUCUACAUCACCCCAGAUGGGGAGCUGAGAGUCAAGGAACCGGAUCUGGACAGAGAGACACAAGGCACCUACGUUCUGACAGUAACGGGCGCUGAUCUUUACGGAGAAGUGGGAGGACGCACUGGCACGGGGACCGUCGUGGUCAAUCUCGUUGAUGUCAACGACAAUGUGCCCUAUCUGGAAAAGGAGUCGUAUGAAGCCAGUAUUUUGGAGAACACCAAGAAUGUGGAGGUGAUGCGCGUCAAGGCCAACGACCUGGACGUGGACCCCGCAAACAAGGACUUCGAGUACGUGAUCGUGACAGGCAACGAGGCCGGCUACUUCAGUAUGGUUAAGGACCCGCAGACUGGUGAAGGGAUAUUGAUGCUGGAUAAAGAAAUGGACUAUGAGGACGUGAAAGACCUGAAACUGGGCGUUGGAGUGAGGAACAAAGUUCCCUACCACCCAAGUGCAGAGGGCGGGACGGGCGGAGACAUCCACAUCGGCGGGGGAGGUCAUGGUGGAGGAGGAGGAGGUGCUGGUGGAGGAGGAGGAGGAGGAGGUGGUACGGGUACCGGAGGAGGAGGAGGAGGUGGAGGUGGAGGUGGAGGUACCGGAGGUGGCACUGGAACAGGCGGCGGUUCCGGCACGGGUGGUACCCCUGGUACAGGCGGCGUCCCAGGUAGCCUCGCCACAACCUGGCACGGCAAGACCUACCCUCUGAAGAUCAACGUGGAGAACCAGAAUGAGGGGCCGAUGUUUGACCCCAAGGUGAAGGCAAUCCCCAUCUCGGAGGAUGGCAAGUCGGUCAACAUCAACGAUGUCAUCACCACCUAUACUGCCGUCGAUCAAGACACAGGGCUGCCAGCCGAGAAUGUCAGGUAUGCGAAAGGGAAAGACCCUGAUAACUGGUUCACCAUCGACCCUGUUACCGCCGAGAUCAAGCUCAACAAGCUGCCAGACAGGGAGUCGCCAUUCCUGCAGAACGGCACCUACCUAGCAGAGGUGCUCUGUCUGACACAAGACAUGCCCACCAAGACGGCCACGGGCACCAUCGCCAUCCAGGUGGAGGACUUCAACGACCACUGCCCAGAGCUGGUGUCCCGCCUGGUGUCCAUGUGCACAACCGAGGAGGUGGUGUAUGUGACAGCCUCGGAUCCCGAUGUGGCGCCCAACGGCGCCCCCUACAAGUUCACCCUCAUCCCCGAGGACACCGAGGGAGAGUGGAGCCUGGAGCACUUGAAUGACACGACGGCCAUUUUGCGUAACCAUGAAAGCACCUGGCCAGGCACUUACAAGGUUGCCAUGCAGAUCCAGGACCAGCAGGGCCUCUCGUGCCCUGACCAUCAGGAGCUGGAGGUGGAGGUCUGUACGUGUGAGCAUGGCGGCACAUGCAGUGGCCGCGGCGUGGGUGGCGCGUUAACAAAGCCCUCCGCCGAACUGGGACCCGCUGCCAUCGGACUGGGCAUUCUGGGAGCACUCCUCCUUUGUCUCAUCCCGCUGCUCCUGCUGUUCUGCCAGUGUGGUGCCUCUGGCCUGAUCGCUGGUGAAUUUGCUGAGAUCCCCUACGGAGCGAAGGAGAGCCUGAUUUCCUACCACACCGAGGGCCAGGGGGAGGACAAGGAGGUGCCCCUGUUGGCUGCCGCCCCAGUGCAGACGAAAGCAGUCGGUGGCAUGAUGCAGAUGGCUAACCAGGGUGGGGUGGCUGCGGCCGCCCCCGGUCUGGCUGGAGCUUCGGCUGCCAUGAUCAGCUCCAGGUCCACCAUGGCCGGCGGAGGUAUGGGUGGGGGCGGAGGAGGCGGCUUCUACGAAUCCAAUAUGGAGAUGAGCUACAUGGAUCACACCAUGAGGAGCAUGGCUGGUGGAGGCCAGGCCAGUGGCUUCAUGUCUUCGGAGUACAGGGAGCAGGGAGCCUACGAUCAGCUGGCUCUACCGGACGCCUUCCUGGCCGACUACUAUGGACAGAAGGCCGAGUGCAUGGUGACCAACAGCUCCCCCAAAGACAACCUUCUCGUGUAUGACUACGAGGGCCAGGGAUCUCUCGCCGGCUCCGUAGGCUGCUGCAGUGACCUCGGCUCCGACAACGACCUGGCCUUCCUUGACGACCUGGGGUCAAAGUUCAAAACCCUGGCCUCUAUCUGCAGACCCACCCAGGUCGUCGAGACCGUCGUGGAGGCAGCAGCUCCUCCCCCGCCCAAACCCGUCGCCGCCGCGCGGGCUGCCACCAUCUCGUCAUCAUCGGUCCCGGACUUCGGCGGCAUCAACGUCGGGCUGGCGAGUGACACCGCGUCGUCCAUGCGCGUGGAGAAGACCGUCACCACCGUGGAGCAGCAGAGUCCACCGGCGCCAGCUCCCAGGGUGCGUCUGCAGGAGACAGCGGCAGUGAGCGUGCCAGUGACCAUGCCCACCCAGACCUUGCUGGUGCAGCAGCAGCCCAUGUACUACAUGGUGGAGCCGCAGGUGCAGAACACAGUGCUGCUGGCUGAGAGGCCUGCAAUGGGUCUGGGGCAGGGAGUCUUCCUGGUCAACGGGGGACAGGCGGCCACAGACGGGCUGCUGGUCCAGGGAGGAGGGCUGGUGCAGGGUGGAGGAUUUGUACAAGGAGGGGGAUUGGUCCAGGGCGGAGGGCUGGUUCAGGGAGGAGGGCUGAUGGUGCCUCAGGCUGGGAAUCUGCAUGGUGCCCAGGGCGUGAUCCUCCAGGGCUCAGUGCCUGCACAGACCACCACGCUGGGUCGAGGCCAAAGCAUGGUGCUUCUAGAGCAGCAUGGGCCUGCUUUGAGCUCUGGGGGCACCCUAAAAUCAGCCAGCCUCUCCGGGUCCCAGAUGGUUCUACUGGAUGGGGGUGCCGCGAGCCAACGAGGGGGUCAGAUUCUCCAGGGAGGAGGGCAGUUACUGCAGGGGGCACAGAUCCUCCACGGCGGGUCCACCAGCACGCUUCCCAUGGGGAGUGCAUUGGGGGGGUCGCAGGGCAUGAUGUUUGUGGAGCGCUCAGGUGGGGGGCAAGGAGCAGGGGUCAGUACAGGGUUAACAAACGUGGUGACCACCACCACUACCACCAGCUCGUCAUCAGUCGGUGAUGGUAAUUUAAGUGUACAUGGUGGUAUGCCCGGGGUACAGCUAAGCCAAGGGCCAGGCUCUCACAAAGUGCUUAUUCAGGAGAGGAAGGUCACAACAAAAAAGAAGUAAACGGCUGAUCUUUUUUCUUUUUUGAAAGUGUUUUGAAAGUGUUUUAUUUUGCCACCACCAAGCGAAAAUACCUUUUUACCUUUGUUGGGUGGUUGGUUUGUUAACAGCCUAAUCCAUAAGAGCUCUGGACAAAUUAUGACAUUUUCAAGCUGGGUCAACAUUUUGCAGAAUCUUAGAACGUAUUCUGUUUUUAUUUUUAUUUUGUAUUUUUGGGCAAUGUUUCGGAUCACAUUCUGGAUCCAAAAUUUGGGACUUCUCUAGUGUGAGACAGUGCUCUCUGAGAGCCUCUGUAAACAAAGUUUUUAUUACAUAUUUGAUCUCAAUAUACAUUUUUGUACAAAGUAAUUUUAUGUAAAUGUUUCAAAAAGCACCUUUUUCAAAAUAUCUUUUAUAUGUUCUUAACAAAAACAACAAAACUCAGACAGCAUGGCCACAUACUGUGUAUUAUAGUAACUACUCAUCUAAGUAGCUUUAAGUUAGCUUAUCUGCUACAUUGACCAAAGGGGCACUUGUGGUAUAAAUGUUAAAUUAAAAUCGAUGUGUUUUAUUAGCUUCUUCUCUGGAAGAUGGGUAGACUUGCUUUGUGCUGUGGCUAUUCCACAUACCAACCCAGAAUUAUCCCACUGACACACAUGUGCGCGCGCACACACUCACGCACGCACACACACACACACACACACACACACACACACACACACACACACACACACACACACACACACACACACACACACACACACACACACACACACACACAAACACACACACACAGACCUGCUCAGACAAGACAUUUUCUUCUGGCCUGCAGGUGAAUUAAAGAUGGGUCAGAGACGGAGCAAACUGUUCUGCCUUCAUGGAUUAAAAUGAAGGUAUUUUGUUAGCUUCUUCUCUGGAAUAUGCAGCACUUGCUUUGAAUUUUCCACAUACUAACCCAAAACUAUUCCCCUGCCACACACACACACACACACACACACACACACACACACACAC